AUGCAGUACGUCAGGAAUCUGAGCGACUCGGUCUCAACGGCAUGGAACUCGAUCAACCCGGCUACUCUCAGCGGCGCUAUCGACGUUAUCGUCGUCGAGCAGGAGGACGGCUCACUGCUGUGCUCCCCAUUCCAUGUGCGCUUCGGCAAGUUUUCACUGUUACGACCCUACGAGAAGAAGGUCGAGUUUAGAGUAAAUGGAGUGAAGCAACCAUACUCGAUGAAGCUCGGCGAAGGCGGAGAGGCCUUCUUCGUCUUCGAGACUACCGACAAUAUCCCAAAGAGCAUGCAGACUUCGCCGAUAGUGUCGCCUGCUUCAAGCCCGCCUUUUGAGCCUCAGCAGCCAGGCCUUCAAGACCCGGAAGUCUUUGAGCUGGAUGGAGAGUCCAGGAAGUCCCGUUCGCCGGGACCGGUCCGUCCCCAGCCGGCCAUAAUCCAGUCUGGUUUGGCACAAGAUGGUCUUCUCACACCAUCCUCGACUUCGCCCGAGCUUUCCAUCCGCCGGCAUAAAUCGGGAGAAUGGGACAAUUUCGAGCACCGCCCUCACAGCGACGACAUCUUGAGGCAACGGGCGCGCAGGCCGUCUUCGAACCUCGAUGUCGAAGACAUGUCGCUUGAUCUCGCGAACCCCUCCGACCGAUCCCAAAGCCCGCCUCCUCUCACGCGUGGCGAGGCACUGGGGCGGGCUGUGACACUCUCCAGGGAACUCGCAGCCGUCAACAUCCGCACACAAGUAACCGAAGAAGGCGACUUGAUGCUUGAUAUGAGUGACAUGAAGAACAACGAAGAGGACGCGUUUCGCGCUGAGAUCCUUGCACGCAAGGUGCUCUCACAGGAGCUAGAUGGAAACUACGAUGUUGGCGCGCUCAUUGGUAUGGACGAGCAGGCGAACCUGUGGAUUUAUCACAGUGAGGAGGCCAAGGAGGCUGCCAUGAAGAGGAUGAUGGAGACUUCCUUCAACAACCCCACCGUAGCCAUCGAUGCUGCUUCAGACCCGGGGUACCAUAGCGACGACAGCUCUGGAACUGCGCAGACCCCUGUUCAUAGGAGGACAGAGUCUGACGUCGGCCAACUGCGGCUCGUACAGACUCCUCCCUCGUCGCCAGGCUCUACUACUGCAGGUGACCCGAACAGGAACUAUGCCAAGACCUUGCGCCUUACCAGCGACCAGCUGAAGGCCAUGAACCUCAAGUCGGGUGAAAACACUCUCAGUUUCACGGUGAACAGAGCUACGUGCUCUGCGAACAUGUACCUUUGGAAACACGAGACCCCUGUCGUCAUUUCAGAUAUCGACGGCACUAUAACCAAGUCAGAUGCGUUGGGGCACGUGCUCAACAUGAUCGGACGAGAUUGGACACACGCUGGAGUCGCCAAACUCUACACUGACAUUCAGAACAAUGGGUACAAUAUCAUGUACCUCACCAGCCGUUCGGUUGGUCAGGCAGAUACAACCCGGGCUUACUUGCACAACAUUGUGCAAGAUGGCUAUCGACUCCCGCGAGGUCCAACCAUUCUCUCCCCAGACCGUACCAUGGCAGCUUUGCGCCGCGAAAUCUACCUGCGCAAGCCCCAUGUGUUCAAGAUGGCGACGCUCCGGGACAUCAAGAGCCUGUACGGGCCUGAUCAUCAUCCUUUCUAUGCCGGCUUCGGUAACAGACUAACGGAUCAGAUCUCGUAUCGCACUGUGGACGUGCCACGGACUCGCAUAUUUACUAUCAACUCCAAUGCUGAGGUUUCCCUGGAUCUUCUCAGUCUGAACAAGCUCAAGUUGAGCUACCUUAGCAUGUCGGAGAUUGUGGAGCACUAUUUUCCACCCGUGAGCACCCUGGUCAAGGGUGGCGGCGAGGAAUUCACCGACUUCAAGUACUGGCGCGAUCAACCCCUCGAGAUUGACGAAUUUUCCGCCAGCGACUCGGACGAGGUCAACAGGGACGAUGCCGAAGACGACGAGGACGACGAUGAGAGCCAAUAUGCUGACGACGAUGAGGCUGGCGACGCUAUGGGCGAAAGCUACAUCUCGCGCAACUCGGUCGAUGAGGGCAGUGUAUACUAUGAGGACGGCCAAGAGAUGUUGGAGGACUCGGCUGUUUUUGAGCAGGAAGACGCCGAUGGGGAGGAGGAUGAUGAAGACGACGACGAAGCGAUGCAAAGUGAAGAUGAGGACAUUGCUGUUCGGGGUAGAUCCCCUGCUGCAUCAACUGUGAAUGGAAAGAAGAGCUCAGCUCCGAAAGAUGCUGUUACCGACGUCGAUGCCGAGGUCAUCACGGGGGUCAAGAACCUCCAGGUCAAUGGGGACAUGCAUCGUUGA